AGUGAUGUUUGAGUGCACGGCUGUGAGGGGGAGGAUGGCGGGGCUGCUGCUCCUCUGCAUGGCCUCAGCGCUGCUGCUAGCGGCCGUGGGGGCCAUCCCGCCUCCCGAGGACGCGGCGCGCAUGGCGCGCUUCGUCCUGCACAGCUGCGACUGGGGCGCUCUGGCCACGCUGUCGGCGCAGGAGGGGCUGCGCGGCCGCCCCUUCGCCAACAUCUUCUCGCUCAGCGACGGGCCCCCGGGACCCUUCGGCGGCAGCGGCGUCCCCUACCUGUAUCUGACGGACAUGGAGAUCUCCGUGCAGGACCUGGAGGUCAAUUCAAAUGCCUCCUUAACUGUGUCUUUGGCACAGACUCCUUACUGCAGGAGGCACAGAUAUGAUCCCCAGAAUCCCCUCUGUGCCCACAUAAUCUUCGUUGGGAGCAUUGUGAAGGUGAAUGAUUCAGAAGCAGUCUUGGCCAAAAAAGCAUUAUUCAGUCGCCACCCUGAAAUGGAAAGUUGGCCUAAGGAUCAUAAUUGGUUCUUUGCCAAAUUCAACAUCACCAAUAUCUGGGUCCUCGACUACUUUGGUGGAUUGAAAAUUGUGACACCAGAAGAAUAUUAUAGUGUCAAACCUUAUGAUCUACUGGAUGCAGUGUCUGAAGUCAUGAGGUGGAAGAAGAUCCGUGUGAUGCUGAUAUGGAAAUGAAUUACUUUGGCUGUUUCAUGAAAGAUUUUUUUUUUCUAUGUAUUGUAGAGCUGAAUUAAUAACACAGUAAAUCAAACACCUCA